CCCCUCUAGGUGGUCACAGAGCAGCCAGCUGAUCUCCCUGUGCUAUGCAGCUGCUUCCCACUAGCUAUCUAUUUUACAUUUGGUAGUAUAUGUAAGUCAAUGCCACUCUCUGAGUUAUGUUUUAUUCGGCGGGAAUUUUUAGGACUUCAAGCCCAGGAGGCAGCAUCUCAAGUAACCCUGAGAAAACUGCUCCAAGGAGGCGAGGGGGCGGGUUUUGCAACAAAGGGCAGGGAGUCGGGAACAUCAAAAGAUUAUUGUAAUUAAAGAAAACCAGAUACCCCAAGUUAAGGAAUUAAGCCCAUUUCUACGUAUGGGAAGAUGCAAGAGUCUGGGCUCACUGAAAUCAUUCCUUUGGUAUGUACCUUAACUAUCUGGGGCCAGUGUCCUGUGUUUUUGUAGGGAGUGGCUGCGGUCUGAUGGCUGCUAGAUGGCAGGUAUUCUUUCCUUCCUGAGUUGCCUCAAGGCUCACCAGCUUACCUUCUGGUGGUGGCUACAAUCCCCGGUGACUGUGACAGCCUCUGUUUACUGAUAUGUUAGGAAAUAAUCCAUUUCUCAGUAUCAAAAUAAAGAAGGACUUUUCAGAACCGUAAAAAAAAAAAAAAAAGUAAUGUUAGUUUACCAUGCUGAUGGUAAGAACAAUUGCCCCCAAUGCGCUCCUGCAUAGUGGAUCUUCCUUAGAGCAGCGUCCAGGCGAUCGGAUCCUGGCCUCAGCUUAUAAAGCGAACGUAGAGGCUGACGCGAACCCUGUGCCCAUGCCGGCCGGCGCGCUCGGAGGCAGGAACUUCCUGCCCACUGCUAGCCGCUCCCACUCCCGGCGCGCGCGCGCAGCCGGUGGAAGUGUGACUGAGAAAGGCGCUGUCAGUAACUUUCCGUCUCUGUGAACGGAGCAACCAAAACGACUUCUCGCAGAGUUGCAGAAGGUGCAAAUGCGCCAUUAACUAAUUCUGCGUAAAGUUCCACUCACCGCGCAAGAGAUGUCCCGUCACCCACUCCUUAGGACCUGCCCACUCCUAAGAGGAAGAAAGCAACUAAGAGAAAGUUUGAGGAUGCAAGUUCCGGGAGGCUGUGGCCACGGCGCAGAGGGCGGGCGGCCCAACGGGGUGGGGCUCCGUGCUGUGUUCCCGGUUCUGGUGCUGAUCCUGGGGCUCACGCUGCUCACCGCAGGUUUUCUGGAAGUGGAGAUGGCAGGAAGGACUCAGAUGGUUUUCCUGAAUGAAAAUGCGACUAUCUUUUGCAAGAUCCCUGGUUUCCCACACCUGGACAUCAACAGUAUGGGUAUCACCUGGUUUCGGAAGGCUCAGUUGUCUGAAAUAGAGAUCAAACUGUUUGAAUUUUUUGGAGACCACAAAGUGGCAUUCCGACCUGGAGCCAACGUGUCUCCAUGGAGGCUGAAGAGGGGGGAUGCCUCACUGCAGCUGCCUGGGGUCCAACUGUGGGAAGCAGGAGAGUACCGAUGUGAGUUGGUGGUCACUCCUCAGAAGGCACAGGGGAGAGUCUGGCUGGAGGUUGUAGCUCACCCAGUCAGUAGCUUGUUUCUGGAGCGAGCCGUGAUGAAAGAUAAUGAAGACAGACAUAUUUUGUGUAAGUCAAGUGGAUUCUACCCAGAGUAUAUUAACAUAACAUGGAAAAGGUGGACCCAGAAGGAUCCCCAGUUCCAGGAGAUUUCUGAGGACGUUAUCACUGGCCCCACCAUGAAGAAUGAGGAUGGUACAUUUAAUAUCACCAGCGACUUGAGGCUGAAGCCCUCUCUGGAAGACAAUGUGACCAUCUACCAGUGUGUGGUAUGGCAUGUAUCGUCACUCAUGUGCCAGAGUUUCAACUUCACCCCGAUUCUGAUAGAAUCUGAGAAGAAAACUGACUCGUGGAUUAGCCUGCUGGAGGGUGAGAGACACCGGAAUCAGAGCCUGCUAGAGGAUGAGAGACCCUGGAAGCUGGAGCUAGUUGCUCUAGUGGAGGCCAGUCUGGAUCAGAUGACAGCCACCGGACAUGUAAGCAAAUCUAGCUGAGAUCAUCAGCAUCAACAGAACCAACUCUCAGAUGCAUGAGAAAUACUUACUUUUUCUUUUUCUUUUUUUGGUGGAUGGGCUGUGUCACAGCAUGUGGGAUCUUAAUAUUCCCGGCCAGGGAUCGAACCCGUGUCCCCUACAGGGGGAGCAUGGAGUCUUAACCACUGGAGCGCCAGGGAAGACGCUUUGUUUUUCUUGCUUUCUUUUUUUGAGAAAUACUUAUUUUUUCAAAGCCACUGUGUUUUAGGGUGGUUUGUUACAUAGCAAAAGCUAACUGAUACAACUCCCCAGGAAGUUGAAUUUUGACCCAAAAGUGUGGUUGCCGUGAUGUGCUGCUGAGAGCCCCUCCAAGACAGAGCCUGCUAUGAAGAGUGUACUUAGCCACCAUGUUCCAGCUAUGGUAUCUCAGGGAUCUGCUGUAGCUUUUGAGCUUAUGCCAUGCUCUCCUGGCCAGCCAAUGGCCGAUCAAGGCAGGAAUCUUUGGAGCUCCCUGUUGGGGUGGCUGAGAUUUUCUUGGAGUUGCACUGUCAUCUGACGCUCUUGCUAGCCAAUCGUCCUUUCUUCCUCCCUUCACAGGUAUAAGACCUAUGUCAAAGUUUCAGUCAGAACUGUAGUUAUUUACUUCCGUCUGGUUUACGCUGGCGUAUCUUCCCUUCCCCAAUAAUAAUGGCAUUAUGGGGAAAACUGGAGUUGAUCAAGUGAAGAGUACACAGAGGCAGGGCUGCGUAAUAAAUUGUGUAGUGUAUCACUGCUUUACUCAUUGGCAUCAGUGCCUGGAAGGACCUAAGUAUGGGGGACAGAGAGAAGUUCACACUCCUGUACCCAAGUUGGCCGGUCUGAUGUGGUGGCCUGCCUUUCACAUCACUCCAGAGUUGGGCCAGCCCAGAGUGGAAAUAGAGUAGGGUGUAGGUAAAUGGAGAUGUACAAUGCCCCAGUCAGGUGGUCCUGGCACAGAGGAUGCCAGUAAUCUAGAUUCUAAUGCAACAAACCCACUCUCUGGAACUCAGUUCUGACCUUAAUCCCAUUGUUCGGCCUUUCCGCAAUUCCUUUCAAGUUGGAACAGAUCUGUUGUUCUUCAGGCCUGCCCCAGUCUAGGGUCAGCAGCAUUCAUGUCUUCUUCCCCCAAGUCUUCUGCAUGUCUUGGUACAAUAGGGUGUCUGACACUGGACCUGGGGAGACCUCAAAGGUGAGCCCAGAGAUGUGUGGGGAGCCAGGGCUACUCCCUGCAGCAAGCUCCCUAGGAAAGUUCUCCCUAAAAGAAGAUGUUGGAGAGGAACUCAAGAGCAGGACAGAGCUGGGAGGAUGCUACCUGAGGAGAAUGGGUUCUAUAGAAGCUGGGUGAGUCCUCCCCAGCAGAAAGGCUGGAGGUCCACCUUAGUGGGCCACAUGUGGGCCAUGCAGUGACUGGCUGGAGAUGCCAAAUCCAGAGGCAUUAGGCCUGAGCAGGUUUCCAGUAUGGCUAGGGGGCUAGUUUUCCCAGACUGGCAAUUCAGUUUCACUACUAGAAGAGGGUGGCUUGGCUUCCCUCCUCUCUUGGACUCAGGACUGAGGCCCAGGACACAUGUCACAACACCUGUUGUGAGUUGGGGACAGACAGGAGUGGCAGAUGUGCCCCAUUAGUCUGCAUUGCCACCUGACUGGCUGUGGGAAAGGUAGCCUGGAAGGUAGGGACCCCAGUCCAUUUGCAAGAAGGCAGAAGAUGGAGGGUUCAUCAUACACAUGGGUGGGAGAAAGUGUUGGUGAGGUCCUGUAAUAGGGAAGAACCUUUGUAUUCUAUUACAAGUUAAUCACUAAAGGGAUGUUGCCUAUAAGCUUAAAUUAUACCCCUGGGAACCCCGCCUCCCACGUAAUGAGUAUUAAGCUAAAAUACCUUUGUUUAGCUCAAAGGAAACAUCCUGACCAGGCCCACCUGUGAAUGACUGCAGGAAGGAAGAAAUUAACACACACCCUCUGGAGGCUGACAGGAACCAGGACAUGUUUGACUUUACCCCCUCCCCUUUUAGCAUAAAAGAAGCCUGAAUUUCUAACUCAGGCAAGAUGGUUCCUGGGGGCACGAGCCACCACCUUCUCUGUCUGCUGGCUUUAUGAAUAAAGUCGCUGUUCU